CAUCUUCUCUCCAAUCAUCACAAUCUCUAUACCUCAAACCUACAAUAAAAUAAAAGAGAGCUACCUAAAAGGGGAGAGAGAAAAAUGGGUCGCCAAAACGCUAUCGUAGUUUUUGGCCUCGUGUUCUUGACUGUCCUUGGCCUUGCUGCAGCUGCAUCCUCUCCGUCUCCUUCAGCGUCACCCUCCAAAGCUCCGGCGGCUCCCAAAACUGAUGUCGAAGCUCCAGUGAGCGAGGAUACCAUUGGAACCACCGACGACGAUGCAGCUGCUUCUCCAGGUGAUGGUGACGUGGCUGUGGCUGGUCCUCUAGGAAGUGACUCCUCCUACGGUAGCAAUGGACCUUCACCUUCUACCGAUGCUGCUGACAAUGGGGCGGCUGCUCUUAGCCUCUCUGCGUUCGUUGUUGGUGUUACAUCCAUCGCCGGUUCUUUCUUGUUUCUUUGAGGUGUGUAUUAUCAUCAGAAUAUUAUUCUGUAUGAAGUCUAUUUAUUUAUAUGAAUGAUUGUGAUGGUUGUGUUGUAAUUUAUUUUUUCUUUUAUUAUGAGAAACGAUGUGUUUGUAAUAAAUCUGAAAAAAUAAGUUUUCCACUAGCAAAAAUAAAAUACGGAAUCACAGAUUGAAUUGAA